GGGGGCCGCCAUAUUGUACGGAACGCUGGGGGGCGCCAUGCUGUACAGCGCUGCCGCCAGGAAGGCGGUUUGGCGCGGCGCGCAGGCGCGGCGGUUAGGUUUGAAUUGUGAGGCGGCAGCGGCGGCCCAGUCCUAUGGGUGCUGUGGGGCUGGGGGUCAGCGGCGGAGAGCGGCCGAGAGUGUACUGUAUUUUAUAGGAGAAACACUUCUUGCAGAAAUGGACAAAAUUUACAUGGACUCUAACGUGGAGAACGAUAACACAGAGCACAUCAGAGGAAAACGACUGUCCUCUAUAUUAAAGGCUCCACGAAAUCCUCUUGAUGAUCUGGGAAAUGGGAAUGAACUCACCCAGGAUCUCAACAUAGAAAAACGUAGGAAAAGCUCUCGACGUGUCAGCUUUGCCAACACCAUAAACUGCAGGGUCUUCCAUCGGGAUCUUAAGAAUAAUGCAGCAGAAAGAGAAAAUGAAGCAGAAGAUACGGAGAAUCAUGUCCUGCUUAAUCAAAAUGAAGAACCUGAAGCUGUUCCAUGUGAGAUUACUGGGAUGAACACCUUGCUUCAUGCCCCUAUUCAGUCAUUGGUGCAGCAGACUGAUGAGUGCCAUGAUGUGGACAAUACUAUUCCGAGAACAGAUAGGCCUGAUGCAACAGUCAUCUUCUCAGAUGAAAAUGAAAUGGAUAUGACAGCUAGUCACACUGCAGUGAUUGCACGUAACCUGAAUAACAGUGAAACUGACAAAACUGAGAAAAUAGAUAUUGCGUCAUUUCUGGCUGAGUUAAAUUCUAUCAAUGGAAAAGCAGAAAAAAACAAAGAUUUUCAUUUUUCCUUUGAUGCUGCAGACCGUUUUUGCCCAUCUUUUGAACAGAAGGAAGAUGCUACUACAGGAAAGAAAAUAAAUUCCAAUGAAUUUUUCAUGAACUCAAAUGAAAAAGCACUUAAUCCUAUUGAAGGACCUGAAAAAGAGAACCUUUUUUUUGUCCCUUCAGAAGUGUCAGAAAACAUGGCACGAUCAUCAGUGGAAUAUGUAUAUUCCCAUGAACAACUAGCCACCUGCAAUGUAACAAAAAUAUUUAGAGAGCAAGAUGAUGGAAUGGAAAUAACAAAGUGCCAAGCAUCUGAUAUUCAAAAUAUGCAUUCUGGUCUUUCUGAGGUUCCGACAGAGCAGUUACCAUCUGCAGAUGUUACUCAGGCAUUUGCAGAUGAUGGAAUGGAUAUGACAACUAAUCACACUGCAAAAAUACAUUUUCCCUUUGCCACUGUAGGUAAUCAAAGUUUAAAUUCCAGAAAGGAUUUCUCAUCCAUGGAGCUAGAUAACUACUGUAUUGUAAAGAGAACAUCUCACCAGCAAUUAAUCCUAAAGCAAGACCCUCAACUUUGUACACGCAAAAAAAUCAUAAAUGUUGAAGACACAGUAGAUGCUACAGCACUGCAGGCUUUUAAGCAGGAGAGCAGAACAUUGUCUUCUAUCCCAGGAUCUGUUUCUUCUGAGACUGUCUUCCGAGAUGAUAAAACUGUUGUUUUUUCUCAAUGUGAUGACAUGGAAAUUACUGGGAAUUACAGAGAUGUACUCUAUAAUACAAGUACCAGAGGAAUGAACAGUUCAUGUAAUAAAGCUUUUGAAAAAACAGUUAACAGAAGUUCGUUGCUAGUAGAAAGAAGACAUCCGGUAAAUAAUGACAAUACAAGAAGUCUGUCUUUAGAUGAUAGAUCUUCUCCGUCACGCAAGAAUAGUGCACGUGAACUAUCUUCAGGUUCAGAUGGACAAAAUGAAAGAGUAACCCAAGAUCACAGUACUGUUUCAUUGAACACUGGUUUCAAUUCAUGUACAAAUUCAAUGUCUACUGGUUCCUCUAAGGGUAGGCUGCAGCACAGACUAGCAAACUCCCUACUUGUUUCACUACCAGGUGAGAAAACUGCAAUAUUUUCAGGAACAGAUGUGGACUUGACUAAAAAUUGUGUUGGCAAGGGUUAUAGAAAGAAUAUUGAAAAUGAAUUUCCUCCUGGAUUGUCCAACUCUGUCACUUGCAAACCACAUUUUCUUGAUAGUAGGUCUGUAUCUUCCAAUUUAAGGGAGCAGGAAAAAAUUGAAAUAACUAAAUGUCAGACAGUUGUCAGUGGUGAUCAAAGCAUUGGGAUAACCACAGAAGCAGAACAAAGGCAUUGUAAAAUAAUUCCAAGUAAGAACCAGAACAAUAAUGUUAGUGAUUCUUUGGAUAGGGACAAGGAAAAUCUUGAGGCAAUUGGUUUUGAUGUGAGUAUUAGAAGAAGCCAGGCUAUAGAAGCGAAUGCUAAAGGUGUUGAGGUGGUAACUGUCAAUAAGAAGCCUGGAAAAACAGACUUUCAGGCUAGUAGUCUGAGUUCCUGUGCAAAGAGCAGGUAUUCACUCCAGGAGCAAAAGAGGGAAGUCUCUGAAAAUAUUGUCACUGACAAAUGUGCAUUCACAUCUUUGCAAAGUGAAAAAGUAUAUGUAUCCCAGCCUUUGGGAAAUAAACUUCCAAAUUCUUCAGUUUCCUGCACAAAUGACAAAAGAGACAUGUUUUCAGAUGAUGAAAACAUGGACAUAACCAAAGCUCAUUCUCUGGUUGUUACUUCUAUGAAUAUAGUACAAGAAAAUGAGAAUACUCACGUUCAAAAUAAUGUAAAAGCCAAACAGCUGCAAAACCAGACCUUCCAGUUUUCUGAUAAUUCUGGUAUAGAUCAUACAAGUCAGACUGCAGCAAUAGAAUGUGGAGAUGUCAAAAGGAGCUCAAAUAAACAAACUGUUGCUCAUUUAGCUCCAAGUGGUUUCUUUAUUUCCAGUAAUGAGCUUGCUCCCUCUGGAAAGAAAAGAGAUGCACAACCUGGAAAUACACUGGGAAUAAUCUCAGAUUGCCAGAACUCUGAUAGGCAUAAGAAAACACAUCCUAGGAUAGUAGUAAACAAUGUAUCAUCAACUGCAGAAGACCGUGAGAGUGAUUUUUUGAUCAGUAAAACAGUUUCUUUAGAAGGGGGUUUUAAUAACCCUCAGUCAGGUGAUGACCUGUGCUUGAGGGCUGUUGAAGAGAGGUCACUAGCCAGUAAUUCUAAACAACUUAAGGGAAGUUCCCAUCUGCCUUCCUUUUUAGAAAAGUCAGUUGUAUUUUCCUCUGGUGAAAACAUGGACUUGACUGAAAACUCUGCAGUAGUGGCUCCUGAUCAAAACAUCUGUACUAUUUUCCCAGGAAGAAAAGCAGCACCAGGACGUAUUGAAGAUAAAAGUAAAAUAUCCUUUAAAAAAGAGGUAAUGAUGACAAACAGUCAGGAACAGCCUGGAUGUGAUAUGUACUCCUUGGUAUCUGAUAAGAAAAUGUUAACUGUGACUGGUAUAAAGCAUUUGCUUUCUGCAGAUGAGAAAACUACCAUCUUUUCAGAAGGUGCUAAUAUGGACAUCACUGGAAAUCAUACAGCUUCAGCAGACAACAAAAUGAUUUUGCAGCCUGAAAUUUUGAACAAUGACAUAUCCUUCAUUUCUGAAGAUAAAACUUCUGUUUUUACAAAAAAUAAUGACAUGGAAAUAAGUAGGCUUGAUUCUGUUGCAACUGAUAAUUCUAUGGAAAAGGCUGUAUCUCAAGGGAUGCUUAGCAGAACUAAUGGAGCUAGAAGGAAAAGCUUGAAGGGAACAAUAGGGGAAAAGACUGUUUUAUUUUCACUGAGUGAGAAUAAUGACAUGAGCAUCACAGAGGGACUUACAGCAGCAAUAAGUCAUGAAAUUGUCUCACAAAAUGAGGCAGGGGCUCCUCCAUCUUCAGCUCAUCCUGUUACAAAUGUUACAUUCACAUGUAACCAGGCUGACAUUAAGUCUUGCUCUGCCAAUAAAAUUACUGUAAAAGUUCCAUGUGAUGAUGCGUUGAUCUCAGAUAAAGUUUUUGGGCAGGAAUUUCCUUCAAACAGAGAAACUACUGUGUUUGCUGUGGAUGAUAUGGAAAUCACUAAGGCCCAUAAUGCAUCUUUAAAAGAAAAUUUUCUGCAAAGUAAGCAACCCAAUCAAUCCGUUCCUUUAACUUCCUCAAUUAUAUUUACAAGUGACCAGGCUGACAUGGAAAUGACUGAGUAUCACCCUGUUGAUGAAAGUGUUGAAAGGGAUUUAUGUGAGGAUACAUUAAAGCUGCCCGCAGAGGUUCUACAGGAGGCUCUUUCAGGUAGCAAAACAGUCAUUUUUCCUUUGGAUGAGAAUAUGGACGUCACAAAAACUCACGAUGUAUUAAGUGGUAAGAUCAGUGUAUGGAAUGGAAGGUCCAUUCCAGCCAUUUCUGCAGUUCCUGCUGAUAAGACCAUUGUAUUUCAUCACAACCAAGAUGAUAUGGAAAUAACUUCAUCACAUACUGUUUCAGUUAAUAACAACACUGAAGGAUCUGAGAAUCAAAAAGCAUCACAGAAAAGCACUCAACAACCAGACUUGCAUAGCGUAUCAUCAUCCUCUUGCAGAGAUGAAAUAGAUUCUCUACAAAUAAAAGACCGGAAUGGUGGGGAUCAUAAAAAAUCUAAUAUUAAGUCCUCAAUUCCUUCUGCUUCAUCGGCCUCAGCGUCACCAACUGAGAAAGGACCUAUCAAAGUCCACAGUGGCACAAUACCAGAUUCCAUUUAUUCUAUCUCAGUUCCAAAAGAUGCUUUGGAUGUCCAAGCACUACAGGAUCUUGGCCUUUCCACGAAAAAUUCAAUUCCUAUAAACAACGAGCAGGAUCUUUUACAUCCAGGAGCAAUGAAAUCAAGGAGAGCAUCUUUCAAGAUGCCAGGUAAUGACCCCUUGGACUGCAGUGAAGAAAGUGGAGUUGUAGUAUCCCAUGUUUUUCUUCCUGCUCAGCACUCAGACUCUUUGAAGGAUCCUCCAGAUGCACUUAGUACUCAGAGAAAUCAAGUAUUGAAAGAUGAUUCAUCUAGACCUGAAGAUCUAGCCACAGAUUUAGCCAUGGAUGGAGCAGGCAUUGUUCCAGUUUCUAACAAGGAAUCGGAGGAAAAUGUGCUGUCAGCUGAAGGAGAGGCAACAGAAUUCCAAAUAAACUCUGAACAAACUAAGCAACUUUCAGUCAGCGAUAGUCUGAGAGAUCCAAUAGAUCUUGCGCCUAAAUUAUCAGGUAUUAUAAAUAUUUGUUCAAAACUGGAAAAUAUUAGAAGGAAAUCUGUAGUUGUUUCUGAAACUGUUCUUUCUGACCACUUGCUGAAGUUACCAACUCAGCCAGAGGAUACCUUGAUGUUAGGAAGAAAUAGCAUAAAUGAACAAAGGUUAUGUUAUGCCAAAGAGCAGGAGAAUGCAUGUCUUGAAUCUGGAGCUGCUCCCAUAGAUGCAAAUUUAGGAAUGGCACUUAAGGACAAAUAUAAAGGAAGAAACUUCCCUCUAGGUAUCUUUCAGCCUAAACUACCAAACAGAAGAAAUCCUUCUGUUUCUAGUGUGCAAGACACAACUGCAAAAUCUUCAGGCAAAGUAGAAUCAGCAGUUCCAGAAGUAAAUCUGAACACCAUUAAAGCUCCAGGUUACAACAACGCUAGUAGGCAGAACUUCAGCCCUUCUCAGUUUAUAGCAGAAGAAUUUCUUCCUGUGUGCCCAGAAGAAAUGGAUUCAAAUGAUUCUGUAAGCUCUGAGUUUGUGGAAGAGGCUUGCAAUAACGGAAACAAAAGAGAAAUCCUCCACAAUGAAGAGAUUCAAGUUGAAGAGACAAAAACUUGCAACAAUGCAAAAAGAGCUUUGAAAUGUGUUGAGGAGGAUCUUCAAAGUCUAAAGAGGCUCAAGAUGGAUGAAAUCGUGGUUGAUGGGACCUCCCAGGACUUGCAGGUUACUUACAGCACUGUACCUGAAAGCCAAGCAGAAGUUGCUGAAAGUGAAGAUUCUCCAAAUCUAUCAGCUAAAAACCCUGACUGUACACAUGCCAACAGCAGCAGCUCUCUAGAUUCUGUUAAGGCUGACACAGAAUUAACAAUUCAACGAAGCAGUCAAAUGGAAUCGCAGCUUCUCACAGAUAGCAUUUGUGAAGAUAAUUUGUGGGAGAAAUUUCAGAGUGGUGUCAUCACAGUUGGGGAGUUUUUUACUCUUCUUCAAGUCCAUAUUCCAAUUCAGAAGCCCCGGCAGAGCCAUAUUCCAGCCAACUGUGCUGUCAGUGCCCCACCUACUCCAGAAGACCUGAUUCUCAGCCAAUACAUUUAUCGUCCCAAGAUGCGUAUUUAUGAAGAAGAUUGCCAGGUUCUUUCUCAGAUGAUAGAUGAAUUAAAACAGUAUGUAAGUGUCCAGGAUCAACCACUGGUGAAUGUGAAUAAGAGUUUGUGGGAAGUAAUGAGAACCUGCUCUGACGAAGAGCUGAAGAGCUUUGGAGCAGAACUGAACAAAAUGAAAUCCCAUUUCAUCAAGGAAAGUAAAAUCCUGGCUCACAAUGAGAAAGAGGCAUUAUACAGCAAAUUGCUGCAGAGUGCGCAGGAACAAUAUGAAAAGCUCCAGUCAAGAACAGCAAACAUGGAUGAAUUGCUUAAGGAGGCAGAAAGUUGUCUUGCAGAUCUAAAAGCAGAUUCUGAAUGGGAAGAAUGUGAAACAGACUGCAGUGAUGAUGAAAUGGAGGGAGAGGACUCAGAAUCAAGAAAACUAGAAGAAGAAUUGGGAAGCCUCAAAGCUCAAGAAGAGGAACUUCAAAGAGAACUGUCAGAUCUGGAGACUGAGAAUGAACAAAUACUUGCUCAGAUGAAGCAUCUACAGGAAGAUGAAAAGAGCUGCCAGGAACUCCUGGAGAGAUGCAACUUCACUGAGUGGGAGAUUAGUGAAUGGAGUGAACUCCAGGCAGUCUUUAACUUUCUUCAUGAUUCUAUUGAACUCACAGUUGUGUUUGGAACCCCAAUAGAUGGUGAUGUUUUUGGUGAAAAUCCUUCCAGAAAAAUAGUUAGCCUGAGCUUUGAAUCUCUCUUGGAUGAGGAAAAAGCUCCACUCUCCUCACGUUUAGUCCAAAGACUCAUAUUCCAGUUUAUUGAAAGUCAGGGAUGCUGGCAGGAAAAGUGUCCCACACUACAAUACUUGCCUCAGGUGCUUCAUGAUGUCUCUUUGGUGGUGAGUCGUUGCAGGAUCCUGGGAGAGGAGAUUGAAUUUCUGGAGAGAUGGGGUGGAAAAUACAAUCUUCUCAAGACAGAUAUAAUUGACACAAAUGUGAAGCUCCUCUUCUCCACUUCCACCGCUUUUGCAAAGUUUGAGUUGACACUGUCUUUAUCAUCCAACUACCCAUCUGCUUCACUGCCUUUCACUGUUGAAAAAAAAAUUGGGAAUAUUGGACAUGAGGAAAUUUCUGCUGUUCUCUCUAAAGUACCUAUUGGUUACCAUUAUCUCCGAAGAAUGGUGAGCUUGAUUCAUCAAAAUCUGCUCCAGGACCCCAGAUGAUUAUUUAGUUCUACAUACAGGACCGAAGAAGUCAGAGGACAUUCUUUAACUUAUGUAUCAUAAGAAUGCAAUGCAAUCUCACCAGUCGUCUUGGCUUCCUUGUAUAGUCUUCCCUAGAAUGGCUAUCUGUAUUACAUAGCUCGUUAAUUUUGUUCUAGAUUGAUUUACAGAGCUCUUGUAUAAAAUGCUGCUGAUCAAUUUCUAAAUUAACGCAUCUGGAAUUUUCUUCUACUAUCAUUAUUUCGCUACUGCACAACAUUCAAACAUACCACACCAGUUUUAAUCCUCAUCAGUUCCCUGGAACCUCUCCCAAAGUACUGAAAUGAUAGUCUGGCUUAUGAUGAGCCAAAUAACCAGCAAUAAUUAGACAGCUGGCCAAAACUGGGAAGACUUCUGAUAUGAAGACUACAGAUCCUUGUGCUUAAUCAUGAACUUCUGGCUGCUGCAGACUCAAAACCAUCAGUUCAAUCGACGUGAGUUUUUCAAGAACUUUGUUCUGGUAUUCUGUGCACAGGCAUGGAUGGUGCAGUGCAGUCUCCCUCCUCCUUUUUGUACGUUGUCUGAGGAGGUAAUGACAAACUUAGUGAGCAGACUGAGCUAUUCAAAUUUUAGGAGGCAUCUUUUAAUGUCGUCGGUGCAGCCCAGAUUGAUUUUGUGUAUAGUCUGUGUAUUACAUAGGUUGAGAUGCUGAAAUCGAUGUAACCCUGAUGAGUUGAUAGCGUUGACACGCCUCCUGUUUCUAAGCUCUCCAUUCUGUAGGCAGAUACUAUUUUUUGUAUCUGUAAAAUACGUUGAAUUUGAAAGUGUUUUCAUGUGUUUUAAGUGCAUAUAUAUUUGUGUCUUUUUAUAAUUUUUUCCUUCUAUUUGGAAGGUGGAAGUUCAUUAAACGUUUGAAUUAUUGCUA